UUCCCCCUUGAUAAGGGACCUUUCUGUAUCUCCGUAAUUCACCAAUCGUACCUCCACCCGGCGGCGGCGGCGGAAGCAUCGGCGGUGGCAUGGCGAAGAGAGGCAAGUCGGCCGAGGCGGCGACCUCCACGGCCCCUCCUCCAAGCCCCUCCCCAGCCAUAAAGCGUAAGGCGAAGCCCCGGCUGGAAAUCGAGGGGUACCCCGUGGAGGGCAUCUCCAUCGGCGGGCACGAGACGUGCGUCAUCUUCCCGACGCUGAGCCUCGCCUUCGACAUAGGCCGGUGCCCGCAGCGCGCCGUGGCGCAGGACUUCCUCUUCAUCUCGCACGCCCACCUCGACCACAUCGGGGGCCUCCCCAUGUACGUGGCCACGCGGGGGCUCUACAGGCUGCGCCCGCCCACCAUCUUCGUCCCCAAGUACCUCAGGGAGCUCGUGGAGCGGCUGUUCGACGUGCACCGCGCCAUGGACCAGUCCGAGCUCAACCACACCCUCGUCCCACUCGACAUUGGCGAGGAGUAUGAGCUCAGGAGGGAUCUCAAGGUCAGGGCCUUCAAGACCUACCAUACCAUACCCAGCCAGGGGUACGUGAUAUACUCAGUGAAGCAAAAGCUCAAGCAGGAUUAUCUUGGCCUCCCGGGAAGCGAGAUCAAAAGGUUGAAGCUGUCAGGCGUGGAGAUUACUAAUACAGUGACAACACCCGAGGUUGCUUUCACUGGGGAUACGAUGUCAGAUUUCAUUCUUGAUCCUGAUAACGCAGACGUAUUGAAGGCAAAAAUUCUUGUGAUGGAGAGUACUUUUCUGGAUGACUCUGUCUCGACUGAGCAUGCAAGGGAAUAUGGGCACAUACACUUGUUUGAGAUUGCGAAUCACUCUGAGAAGUUUGAAAACAGAGCCAUUCUACUAAUUCACUUUUCGGCUCGUUAUACAACAGAGGAAAUUGAUGCAGGGAUAAGUAGAUUGCCCCCGUCGUUCCGAAGCAGAGUUUAUGCGUUGAAAGAGGGCAUCUGAAAUUAGUUUGAGACAGUGAUCAACUUUUCUUGUCUUCCGUCUAAACUAGAAGAACAAAAUGUCUGUAUUUUUCACCCAACACCUUGCUUGUAUGGUAUGCCAUCGUAACAAGGUUUGACAUGUCCCUAGUACUAAAUUCAUCUGGAAUUUCAUUUUGUCUAUGUGAGAUGGGAGAAGAUUGAAAUGCUUA